GGUGCCAGUCCACUCUAUGUUGCCAGUCAAGAGGGACACUCUGAUGUAGUGGACAUUCUGCUAGAGGCUGGUGCUGAUGUCCACCAGGCCACCACCAAGGUUUGUGAUGUUCCUCUGGGGAUAGCUGCCGAGAAGGGACAUACUGAGACAGUUCAGAGACUGUUGGAGGCAGGAGCCAACGUCAACCACCAGAACAAGAGUGGAGUCACAGCCUUGCUCUAUGCAGGAUGGAAAGGUCACUCAGAGGUGGUGAAACUACUACUAGGAGCUGGGGCCAGAGACAUUCCUGAUAAGUUUGGAAACACUGCUCUGAGUAUGGCCAGAGCCAACAACCACAAUGAUGUGUUGCAGUAUCUACUGCAUCACCAGCCAAAGUAAUAAACUAACCACAGUUACAACUACAUAAUACACAACUUUUUAUGUGACUUUAGCCAACAGAGCCAACAACCACAAUGAUCUACUGCAACACAAGCCAAAGUGAAAAGACUAGACUAUAGCCACUUUUACAACCGCGCACAACACAUUUUUACGUGACUUUCUAUAACUGUACUUUACAGAUCUUGUUUUUUUGAUGUGAGCACGGAAUAUUUACAUUAUUAAAAUCUGCAUC